AUUCCUAAUUAAUUCGAAUUAAUUCGAAAAUUAAUUUAUAAACCUUUCGAGAUUUCUUUUUAAUCAUUUUUUUUUUUCUUUUCUUUGUUUUUUCAAUACUUCUUUACCAUCUCUAAAACACGUUUUGAACACGGUUUCAAUCUAUAACUUUUCUAUACUUAAUACUUUUAAUAUAUAUAACCUUACCACGUAUUUUUUUUUUUUUUUUAAAAAAAAAAAAAAGCUCUGGGGAAACUUUAGGCUCAUCUUUAUUUUGUAAAACCUUUUCUUAACGUUGUCUACGUAUUACGUACGUUUCUUGAAUAUAUACCAUGAAUAUUACAGAGGAUAAGUGGUCUUUACAACAACAAAAUCAAGUUCCUCCUUCACCUCACCAUCCUCAUCCUGCUAUGUCUCCACAAAUGAACGGCAUGCCACCAGAAAAUUUUAUCCAACCCUUUCAAUAUGACGGUCAACCUCCAAAUCAAAUGCAUCCCCAACAAAUUCUUAAACUUCGAAUUAAUUCAAAAGUUGAUCGUGGCUUUUUCUUGGCUGAUAGUGAUUGGACAUGCUAUAGAAGAAAUUAUUUUCAAAUUAGUAGUGCAUUCUCUAUUCAAGGAAUGACACAUCCUGUUAAUGAAACAGAAGUAGCAUGUUUAAUUGAAGUUGAAGGUCAAUUUCAUCCAAUCAGUCAAUUUUUAUUAGGAAUUACAGCGCGAGUCUCCAAUAGUGAUAAGAAGAUCGAAUUAGUACAGCACACACCGAAACGUGAUAAAGGACCUCAAAUGGUUCCAGUACCAAAACCAAUUCGUCCAGGUGGCAAUUUAAAUUUAAGUUCAGUUGGAUCCAAUUCUAAUAUUGUUACAUUCGAGCGUAUUCAAUUUAAGACCGCCACUGCAAAUAAUGGAAAACGUCGUGCCGCUCAACAAUACUAUGUGGUCAUGGUAGAUCUUUAUGCUCAAGUUGACGGAUUUGAACAACCUUUCAGAGUUGCUACAUCAACUUCGGCUCCAUUGGUAGUACGAGGAAGAAGUCCUGGUCAUUAUGCUGAUAAUCAUGAUAGGUAUAAUCCAAUGGCAAUGAAUCCAGCAUUCCCAAAUGAUCGUCAUAUGGGAUUUGCUCACCCUUCAAAUCCUAGUGGAGGUCCAGUAAUGGCACCAGAUUUUAGCGGUGGUCCUUUCCCUGGCCCAUAUGGACAAUAUACUCAACCUUUUAGUGGUUUUCCACCAGUAACAGCAGGACCAAUGAGAAAUGACGGGUUACUAAUGAUGCCAAAUGGACCAACUCAAGGAUUCCAUCCUCAACAUCCUCAUCCUUCUUAUAUGGUGCCGAGUAUCUCAGAAACAGUUACGACAUCUAAUGCCCAUAAUUCAGCAUUCACAAGUUUUGAAUCCCGUCAGAUCCCUACUACAGGAGCCACUAACGUUUCAGCACCUGGAAGUAAACCUUUUAUGAAAAUUGAAAUUCCACAGUCAUCAGAACUUCCCGAUCAUCCUCUAACCUCACCAGCCUAUCAUUCACAAGAAUAUGUAGAAGGAUUCCAAAAUAUGUAUCAUAAUGGUCAUCCCGCUAAUACCGCGUCAGCACAUCAUGGUGGAUAUCAUUCUGAUAGUGAACAACAUCAUAGUAAUGGAUUAACCCAUGCAAAUGGACGAGGUACUAGAGAUGGUUCCGUACAAGAUUCUAAUAGUCAUCAUUCCAGUAGCCCACAAAUGAAUGGAGAUAAGACAGAUCAUGGUUCAAAAUCACCACCAGCAAAUGGUAGUAACAAUUCUACCACAACGCCAACAACCGAAUUAGGAAAAAGUCUUGGCCAAUUGAACAUGAAAAUGGGAUGAUAUAAACGAUAAGCUGUAAAUUUUCUCCUCUUUUUUUUUUUUAAAAAAAAAAAAAUACCAAUCAUUGUAAAAUAAUCGAAAUCGAAAGAAAUAAUAAUUAUGGGACGAUUGAGUCUACACACUAAGUCAUCAUCUAUUAUGAUAUAUUUUUUUUUUUGUUUUAUAGUAAAUUUUAUUAUUUGGUAAGAAGAAUAAAUUAUGUUGAUGACAAAUUUCAUUUUUUUUUUCUCUUUGGUAAGGAAUAAUCUUCCUUACUUUGUAUUUAAUAUUUUUGGGCUUACGGUAAUCAAAAAA